AAAAGAUAGUAAGCUUAUUAGUGAAUAUGCUGGUUAUGUAAAAAAUUUGUGUAAUGCAGAAAAUCAAGAUGAGUAUAUAAAAUAUACCGCAAUAACACUUUUUCCAAAUGAUGAAGCGUAUAAUAAAAGAAUGACAAGAUAUAGAAAAUGGUUUCAAAGUAAAAAAGAACUACUUAUCUGUAUAGAAGAUUUAUAUAAUCUUUAUUAUAAACUAUCCAAAAAAGAUCGACCUAUGACUGAAACAGAAAUUGAGGAAGCCGUUGAUGAUGUGCUUAUAGACGACUAA